AUGUGCUGCGAAGGCAUGUUUCUGAUGAGCUUCUCGUGUUAUGCAUGCAAAAUUAGUGACGUUCAAUCUGUAUUCUGUAAUAAAGAACGCUCCUCGACCAGCAGCGCCUUUUUGGAAUGCAACAAUUGGUGCCGUCACCAGGAUCAGGAUGAAGGUUCCGUGGCCAGCAGCCUUCGUGGAUGGGAUGUUCGGGUGUUCCUGGAGGAGUUCGAGGAUGUGGCGGAGCUGGCUGGAAUACGGACGGAUCGCGGCAAGUUGACGGCCCUUCGAGCGCUCCUCAACGGUCGUGCGCCUGGAUGA